GUUCACUGAAAUAGUGAUACACCACCAAAUGCAAGAAAACUUUAUACGUUGGAUCGAGCGAGAAAUUUACCAUAUUUCACCAACACGCCAUUUGAUGUUUGAGUUACUACGCCCACAAAACGUUUGAAACUGCUGUAGUUGCCAAUCAGUACUACAGUGAAGCCAACUGCGUGCCGUCGAGCCACCCAGAACUCCUUGACAGGCUCGAACUUCGGAGACCACUGCACGUUGUUUUAAUUUGACGAGUGGCGAUUGCUUCCCGAAGACGAACUAACGUGUGUGACACCAACUUGAGUCAGAUAUAUCAUCCAUAGUGAUGUAAAUUGAAGUGAUGAAGUCCAAGUUAUUAUUAUUUUGAUUUUGUAUUUACACCUUAACUCUACUAGUCAACAUGACUGAGAGAUGCUUGGCAGCUUUGGAUUAUGUGGAUUUACAGUGCAAACAGGUCCAUAGAAAACACUAUAAGAACCGUUCUCUAGGCGACUUGGAAAGCAAGUAUCGGUACCAUCCGCCCAAAUCAGCUACAACCAUUAUCAGCACGCUGGUUGAUUUAGAUUUUCCAGAAACCCGGGCUAUAAAUGAUAUCACAGCCAAUUCUAUCAUCUCUGAACAAACCAAACAAAUCAAGAACACGUAUAAACGAGCCACUAGGACUGUUUCAUCAGCUCCCCCUGCUGGUCGUAGUAAACCAGUAAUAAGUCCGAGGAGUACACCAUUGAGUCCUGGCAGACCUGACAGAAAGCGGUGGAUACACGACAGUAAUGAUAACACACAUGGAGUAAACACAACACGACUACGGCCGUUUACAGCAGGUGAAGUUCAAGCAGCUUCACGGCGGACCUCUGCCCUUCAUCGUACCAAAAUGCCACGUUCCAAAUCAGCUGAUGCGGACACUGGUCGGUUUAUGACCAUUAAGAUGAAAAGAGACGGUAGUGCUAAGACUUCCGCCUCAUUUCACAGUGUCACACGAAAUAUACGAUCCAAAUGGGAAGCAGAAGAUAAAACAAUGAAGAAAUCGGUUGUGAAAGGUCGAAAAGUGGAGACAUUCGAUCCUAAUUCUGCCAAAUGGUAUACUUUUGCAGGUGGAACUGAGAAACCUCACAGUGCUGGUGUUGUUGAUGCAUUUACUGGAAAGCAAAUAGUUUACAAGAUAGAAGGUGGUAUUGGUGACAGAGUAGCUCACCAGUUGAAACUUGGCAACAAGCUUCGGAUUGGGAUCAAUGGUGAUUUACAAACUAAUAAUUUCAAAGUGAAAACCUGGAAUCCCGCUGAGAGUAAUGUGGUACCAGGAAAUGAUGAGCAACCAUUCAGGAGCAAACUAGCAGAGAGAAAAGUGAAAUCUGCGCCACCACCACCCACUGUAACCGAGAUUAUUCCACUAUGCUGGUCAGAUGAAGUGAAUAAACCGUUUAUAAAAGUAGUUGAGCCAACUAUCCCGACACCCAAACCACCCAAACCAGAUUUAUGUGAAAGGCAUCCGGUAAUAUUUGAGAAGUUGAUUAAAGAUGAAGACGUGAAACCAAGAACAGACAUUCGCCCUGAUACAUAUCGUGUAAGACAACGUGUUAAAAAUAAACUAAACAUUGACGGUACAUCUAGUCUUAGUAAUCGAAUAACAGUUGUAACUGUUGACCAGUUUGAUGAUGAUCAGGAAUCGUUGUCAUCUCGAGACUACAACGAGAUUCUAAAUGAAAAGCUACAUGCUGAGAGUAUACCUGUGCCGGAAACAGAAAAGGAAGUUGAAUUAUCGGACAUCAAAUCUUCCAGCACGAGUGGAUCUGUAAAAGAGGAAAAGAAAGGGAUUGAGAAUCUGAGAAGUGCAAGUCGAGAGAGUUUUACAUCGUCUGUUGGUUUGGAAAAACCGAUGACACCCCAGGCAAGCAUUGUGUCCAAUGUUGUGUCGGAUAACACUUUUAUGACAACCGGUGUAAACCCUUUAAAACCACAGUCGGGUGAGAGAAGUAAAUCAUCAACACCCAGAUCGGCCGUUGGGAGUAUUACGAAAGUACAUCCGCUGUCAAAUAAAGCAGGGUUGGCUAAACCAGGGCAGUUACAUCGUAGUGGGGUGACGAGUGUGAGUAAUGGACAUAAAGAUGGUGAGACUAGUUUCAUUAGAAUAGCGCAGGGCAUCGGAAUCCCAGAUGUCAACCCAUCCACUGAUUUAAACAAUGAUAUGAUUUCAGCGUCAUCACAUCACAAUGCAAAAAUCAUCACAAAGGUCAGCGAAACUAAUAAAGUGAAUGAAAAGCGGUCACGAUAUAUUGACAAUGGAGAAGGAAUAAAUUUGAAGGGAAAACAAAUGCAAGUUUUGCGAUCAGAAGGAAGCGGAGAGAAUGGAAGUAGACGUUCUUCCCCGGGAUCAUCUAUUGUGUCUAGUAAUGGAAAUCUUACAGUCCAUCCACAUCAGCAUAAAUCGGCUAAUGGCGAGAUUCAUGUUUGUACAUGUACACCUGAGGCUAAGCGGGUCAUGGCACGAUUGAUUAGUCACCCUCCACCCCCUUCACCAAAUCCUCCUCCAGGAAGUGUACGAGAUGAUCAAACUGAAGAUGAUACACGUCAGUAUAUCCAUAUCCCUACGGCCGGAAUGUUAAUCGCUGAAUCCGAUCUACAAUCAAUGUCAGACCUUGAAAUGUACUCAUCGGCAGUUUCUUUUGAUGAUCAGAAUCCCCACAUGCCAUCCAGAUCUCAUCUGAAAGACAAUGAUAAGGAAGGGUACGUUACUUUAGAGAACCUUGCCAAAGCUAAUAUGAAAAUAGAAGACCACUUACAAUUGGUUGCUGAGGACACAAAGCAUGUUGCAUCUGAGAUUCUUGGCAGUGAAAGUGACCAUGCCAUCAGUCAUGUUGAAGCCGUCAAUCAAAAUGGCAUUGAGACGGCAAACCCGAACGACGUUGAUUUAACUGAGAAUCAAAAAUGUCCCGAAGAAAUUGUUUUGCAGAAAAGUGUCAGGUUUGCAGAUGAAACUAAAAGUGACAUAACAGUUUCAAAAGGCACGGCUGCUUUGAUAAGGUCUGUCACGUAUGACGAUGAUGAUGUCUCCCUAACAUCCAGUAAAAAUCCUACGGAAGAGUUAAAUGAGUUGCGAAGCCAAAUAAAGACAGAUUUGCAGCAAACACAGGACACAGUGCAACAAGACAUACAAGACUUGUAUUUAAAACAGCAUGGAACAUAA